GCACCGCCCCUAUCCUCCCGUGGAGCACGAGCGGCGAGCGGCAACCGAAAAAAAAUACCAAACAAAAUAAGUGUGGCCACCCACUCGUUCCUCUCGUCACCUUCGGCGCAGCAAUGGACGCGGCCGUCUCGCUUUCCCUGCACCACCACCACGGGGCGCCGGGGGCGCUCCCGCUCCCCGCCACCCUCCCGCCGCCCCACCACCACCCCUGCGCGCUCCCGCUCAGGCGCCACCCCUUCUCCUCCGCCGCCGCGGCACCCAAGGCGCCCCCCGCGCCGCUCCUGACCCUCGCCGCCCGGCCCCGGUCGCCCGCGCGCUCCGCGUCGCCCCCCGCCCUCGCCCACCCCGCCGCGGCCCCCCGGUCCUCCGGCAGCUCCAGCCGCGCCGCCACCGGGUACGCGGCCGCGCUGGCCGACGCGUGCGCCCGCGCCGGCACGCUGCGCCGGGCCGCACGCCACGCGCGCGCGCUCCUCGUUCGCCGGCGCCGGUCCGAGGAGGAGGAGGAGCUCGACGCGCGGGUGGUGGCGCUGGUGAGGAUGCUCGUCGGCAAGGGAAAGGCCGGGAUGGUGCCCGAGGUCCUGGCCGAGUUCGCCGCCAUCUGCGACCACCUGCUGCCGCGGCCGCCGCCGGCGCAACCACGCCACGCCUACUAGUUAGUCCACUCGUGUCUGCACCUACUCUACUGGCUACUGCUGUAGUAUCUCGUCGACUCAACAUUUGUACAAUAUGAACAGCACGCGUGUUCUUCAGAGUUCACGCUACGGUUUUGUAUAAUUGAUAUUGAUUAUUGUAUGGAAAUUCUUGCUUCCUAGAACAAUAUAUUGUAGCAUUUCUAUUAA